CGAUCAAGUCGUCGAAAAGAAGAGGAACGAAAUGUUUCACACACUUGUGGUAGUCCUGGCCGCUUUCAGCCUCGCAUUGGCCCACCCCGACGGAUACGGUCACGGCGGAGGAGAUGGCAAGGAUGGCUACGGAGGGGCUCCUCUACCUUACUACUUCGACUACAGCGUCAAGGGUGACUACAAAGGACCUAACUUUGGCCAAAGCGAAAAGUCCGAUGGAAAAGGCAACGUCUACGGAUCAUAUACCGUCGCUCUCCCUGACGGUCGAAAACAACAUGUCGAUUACACAGCCGAUCACUACAACGGAUACGUGGCUAAAGUCAGCUAUUCCGGAAAAGCCCAGCAUCCGGCUUAUUACGGACCAGCCGUUGUUUUCGAUCAAAACGGAGGUGGAUACCACUAGCGUCCUGGAAGCACUUUUUUAUGGAUAUCACUUAUAAAGUUAUGCCUUUAGUUUGCCGACAAUAAAGUACUGAAAUCUU